GAUGUCACGGAGGGGGAGUCUGGUUUGGGACGGGUCGGUCCGCCGGACGCCUGGACGGACACUCUCCGCAGCUGAUGGAUAAUUAAAUGCUGGCUUUUUGUUGUUAAAUAACUCACCAAACUGUGUCACCUCAGCACUGCGGCUCUGGACUCGUGCUGAGGGAGAAAGUUCUGUUUUUAUGUGUCAACCAUGGAGACUGAGGGGAAGCGGACAGUCCACUGCCAGUAAGGAGGACAAGAAUGGACGGAGGGAGAAGUGACCCACCCAGGGAGGACUGAUCCCCGCCGCCUCCAUGUCCCCCUCCUCUCCUUGCCAGGUGCCUGCGAAACGCGAGGCGGGCUGCAGGCCGGCGCCGGUGCCCCCCGCUCCGCCCGUCCCGCCGCGCAGGGUCCGGAGCCGGGACGGGUGCUCCGGAGGAAGGACGCGCCGGGCGGGCGCCCCGGAGAGGCGGGUGAAGUGCGUGCUGGUGGGGGACGGAGCUGUGGGGAAAACCAGUCUGGUGGUCAGCUACACCACCAAUGGUUACCCCACCGAGUACGUUCCGACUGCGUUUGACAACUUCUCUGCGGUGGUAUCAGUGGAUGGGCAGCCAGUGAAACUACAGCUCUGUGACACGGCUGGACAGGAUGAGUUCGACAGGCUCCGGCCGCUGUGUUACACCAGCGCAGACGUGUUCAUGCUGUGCUUCAGCGUCGUCAGUCCCGCCUCCUUCCAGAACGUUCCAGAAAAGUGGGUCCCGGAGAUCCGUAAACACGCCCCGCUCGCCCCCCUGGUCCUCGUGGGGACGCAGUGUGACCUCAGAGAAGAUGUCAAGGUGCUCAUCGACCUGGCUAAGUACCGGGAGCGGCCCGUGGACCCCGCCGAUGCCCGGGACUGUGCGAUGGAGAUCGGAGCUGUGGCCUACAUGGAGUGCUCCUCUUUGACCCAGAAGAAUCUAAAGGAAGUUUUUGAUACAGCCAUCCUGGCCAGCCUGCAGAAAUACAGCUCCCGGAAGCACUCGAGAGGCAAACAGAAGCACCGGAAAAAGCCGAGGCAGACGCCGGACAAGAUGAAGAGUCUGUCAAAGUCGUGGUGGAAGAGGUACUGCUGCGUGGCCUAGAGCAAGACCGGGGACUGGAUGCUGUUCUCACAGCCGGGGUCGGAGGCUGCCAUUCUGGUUCCAGAGAUUCUGAACAGAAACCUUUUUUUAUAUGGAUAAAGGAGACGAUAUAAAACCUUGCCUGGAACGUGCAAGCGAACUGAGUAAGACUUUUGCAAUUGUAAAAUGUUUUUAUUCAAUUUACUACUGAGCUUCUAGUAUGAGUCCCAUGCAGGGUUCUUCCCUGAGCUUGCAUUUACCAGUUCUGCUCCGGGAUCAGUCAAAGAUGUGACAGAGUCGUGUCCGGGUUGCUGUGCUCUGGACUCCUAGCCUGUGAUAAUUUUAUCCUGCCUUUUUAUGUGUCCCAGAGGAAAACUGGAAUCGUUGUUGAAUAUAAUUAUCAUAGUCGAUGACCUAAACUUAACAACACUGUCUGCCGACUUUCUAUGCUGUUCCCAACCCGGACCGGUUUUCAGAUAAGAUCAGAAAGAGAGCUUCCUUCACACCAGAGUUUGUCAUUAAGGAUUUCAUGACCCAGACAUGAUCACCAGACAUAUACAAAAUCAAAACGAGUUUGGCCUGAUGGUAAUUUUAGAGCCGCCCAGCAAAAGCCAUUUUUAUUCAGAUGAAAGAACUCACUGAUUCGCCGCUUGCGUUUUUUUGUCUGAUCUCAAACAGAACAGUUCGUACUUAAUUUAGGCCUUCGUUUUUUUUUAUUUUUAUGUAAAAGCUCCAAUCAUAUCUAAUCUUGAUACGAACUUGUGCACAUUUUUGUCCCAUGAGAAAACACUAACUGCUUUGAUCAAAACUGAGAUUUCCAAACAACCCUCAUUCUUUAUGCCCUGAGAACAUAAAAAAAAAAAAAACAGCAGCAAGAAAACUAUUUCAUGUGUCUGUUGUUAGGUAAGUCAUCAUCCUUUCAUCUCAAACACAGCGGGGCUCAGAGUGAAAACGGAUCGUGGCCGGUUUGGGUUAGUUAACUGUAAAUCUUGUGGAUAUGAAUUACUCUCCUGGUUAAACAUUAAGUUAUUGGUGAUUGUAUUGUUCCUUCUGCUGAGCUCAGUGAAGUAUUCAGGUGAAAAUGAAGAAGUCCAGCCUGAACCUGAGGAUUUGUGUGUUUGAAUUUGGAAUCGGCCAUGCUGAUAAGCAUCGUGGCGUCUGAUAUUUCUACUUCUAAAUGUGAUUUAUCCUUUCAGGCUUGAGUAGGACUGCUUCACUGAAUCAGAUUCUCCAUGUAUGUGAUUUAAUGUCGAUUUAUCACAUUACUGUUUCAGCUAUAGUUUAAUUCACAAUAUCUUUUGCUGUCUUUGUUUCUUUUCUGAAAAAUCUCCUUUGUCUGUUAUUUUAUUGGCCAUUAUAGUUAGCAGUAGUAAUCAUUCCUCUUGAACUAUCUUAUAUUUUGUGAAAUGAAAAAGGCCAUUUUUUUAUGGGUUUUAUCAGGAUACAUGACAGACCAACCCAAAGUAGUGCAUAGUUAUAUAGAGGAACAAAAAUGAUGCAUGGUUUCAAAUUAGUUUUUCUACAAAUGAAAAUCUAAAAAGCGUAGCAUAUAUUGUAUUUAGCCCCUGUGGGUCAAUAUUUUGCUCUAACUACAGAUGCAAGUCUUUUGGAUAUUCAAUUUACCAGCCAUGAACGUGAAAUGACCGAAAUGUUUGCACUUUCCUCUUGGCUCAAGCUCUGUCCGGUUGGAUGGAGGGAGUCUAAGGAACAUCAUUUUCCAUGUCUUGCCUCAGAUUCUCAACUGAUUUCAGAUCUUGACUUUGACUAGGCCAGUCUAACACAUACAUAUGCUUUGAUCUAAGCCACCCCGUUAUAACUCUGGCUAAAAGUUUGGUGUUUUUGUGCUGGAAGCUGAACCUCUGACCCAGUCUCAAGUCUUUUGUAACUAACCUCUAACUGGGUUUCUUCCAGAGUUGUCUUGUAUUUAACAGCUUUUCUAUCCGUGCAGAAGAAAAGCGUGUCCACAGGAUGAGGCUGCCUCCAUCACGUUUCAGUGUAGGGAUAGGUUUUCCGGAGCUAUUGGGAGCAUUACUUUUCUGCCAAACACACAUCGUGUUUGACAUGUAGAGCCUAAAAAAACCCUCAGGUCUGGUUUCCUCAGACCAAAGCACCGUCUUACACGUAUUUUUUGUGCUUCUUUCAUGGUUUGCGACAAACAGGAUCACUGAUGAAGUUCUUUCAACAUGCUUUCUUCUUGCCACCGUUUCAUAAAAAGGACAGGUUGGUGGAGCGUAGCAUCAUCGGCUGUCUGCAGGCUCUCUCAGCUGAGCUGUGGAUCUCUACAGCUUCUCCAGGUACCACUGGUCUCUUGGCAUCGUCUCUGUUCUUUCCUGGCCUGUCAGGUCGAACGCUAUGGCUUGGUAGGUUUGCCACUGUGCCAAACUCUUUCCAUUUCCAGACCAUGGAUUAAACAGUGCUCCAUUAGAAGAAUAGAAUAGAAUGAUCCCUGAUUGUCCCACUGUUUCGGCAUGAGUGAACUUAGAUGUUCAAAGCUCCAACCCUGCUUUGAAAAGCUUUCUCCCUGACAUGUCCUCCGUAUUCCUCGGUGUUCAUGACGCUGUUUGCUCAUCGGUUUUCUCUAACAAACCUCUGAGCUCUUAGUAGGUGGAUUGUUUGCUUCUGAGGGUAUUUGGUUGUGCUGUAUUUUAUUUAGGAGUAUCCUGUUAACGGGGGGAAAAACACAAAUGCACACCAACUUCAGGUCUGAACUUCGGGUUUCACAAGUUUGCGCUACUUUGCAUUGGUCUGUCGCACAAAAUCCUACAAAGAACACGUUGAAGCUUGUCGUUGUGACAUGGGGAAAUGUAGUUUGAGGAUACUGUAGCAAAGGGCUAUGGAAUUUAAAGCUAACCUUUGACAUUUGCUAAAGCCUUUGGACAUGGUAGCCACUAGAGCAGAAAUAAAACCCAAUAAGACAUUUAAAUAUCUUCACACAUUAAUGGCUUUCCUUAUCAGAACCACUGCAACAGAAAGGAAAAGGGAGUAACUGGAUCUUGGUUAAUCCGGCGUCACUAAUGGUCACACAACUAAGGCAUGAACAGAAAAGGAUGUUGUGGUGUUAUUUGUUCAGCUGGUCCAACUACAAAGUUUGCAAACCUUUAUGAAGACGUCUGGAUCAUCGGUCGGCGUGCCGCUAAAGAGAUUUCUGUGAGUUUUUAAUUAUAUAAGAGGCAACAAAAAUCCCCUUUGUGUGUCUUUGUAAAUUCUGCACUCAAUAGAAAUUCACUUUCUAAAGUGAUUCAUAAUUAACAGGAUUACUUGACCACCUGGAGUGGUAAUUUUAAGAAACUAGCAUUUUCUACAGGGUUUUUGAUAAAUUGGGUGCAAUUCUGGGAUUCAACUGUUUUUAAAUGUGUUGAAUGGACUGGCCCAGCUUGGAGAAAUAGAUCACACCAUCUAUUUAGGUUUAGGAAGGAAGUUAUGGCUUCACCCUGUUAUUUUUUUUUUUUGUUUCUUUGUUUUUUGACAAUUGAUUCAGUUUUUUGUAAAUAUUUUAAGUACCACGGAUCAUCUUAUGAAUCUUUCUUUGCGAUCUAGAUUAGAUUUGCAUGAAAUGUCAUUAAAGAUAAUAGACAAGGUCCCAGUCAACAAACACAAAUAACAAAUAUAUCCGAUCAAAUCUAAAGAAAAGAAAAAAGAAGAAGUGAAAAGUGUCUAUGACAUUAUUUAGCACAUCCAUUCUGAAAACGGGUCCCGGACAGAUGAUAGAGAGCCUCUAAUGACCUUCUCAGCUCCCCUCACUAUCCUUUGCUGGGCUCUGUUUUCUGCCAUAUUGCAGCUUUAGAUUCAAGCUCGGAUUAUCAACACACCUUCAAACGUUUUGAGGAAGCGGACUACACGAAAUAACCCUUAAACAACCCUGCCACCUUAAUCUAAAAUGUCCUCUUGCUUUGUAAAAGUUGAAUCUUUUGGAUCCUCUCAGCUGAAGACGUUUCCGAUGCGACUCAAUAGGUUCACUGUGUCGAUGUUUCACUGCUGAUAGCAAAUGCUUUGUAUGUUGGAGGGGGAGAAGGCAUAAUAGCUUAUUUGUCUUGUGGAGUUAAGUGGGCUAAAGGUCACACACUCUUAUGAUAGCUGGCAUUUCCUGUGUCACGUUUAACAGUAGUCGGUUUUGUAUUUAACUCAUUUCAGUUUAAACGUCUUUGCAGAGCAGUGGUGUUAAUUCUGCUUUUUUUGGUUCGCCUCUCUGUGCCAGUCGGCAGAAAACGCCCGCUACCAUUUUAAAAUGACUUUAAUAUGAACGUUUUUGUUUGCAAUAACAAACACGUUUAGGUUCUGCGUUAUCUAAUCACCACAGCCGCUACCUUGAUCCCAAGCAAUGUUCAGGAAACACAACGCUGGCACGACUUCACCUCUUGCGGCCGCGUUAUCAAACGCUACACGGUUUCACUUGUUUUGACUUCUUCUCAGGUGGUUGAUGGACCGCGGUGUUGGAGCUGGAUGACGGAUGAUGGGCUUUGUAACGUAGAGCAGAUGGGUAUCUGAACGUGAAGGCAGAAAACAGAAGGGAGGAACGUUGGGUUUGGGUUUUGUUGAAAGUAACGCAUCGUCACUCUUUGUUGCUCUUGUUGAGGUUCGUGAAACUAUGUGAGAUAUAAAACCUCCACUGCAGGUUGGCGCUGCUAGAUCUGAGGCUCAGAUACAAGGCGUCAAACCAGGUGGUGUUUGGUCUUCUAUGAUGUGAAGUAAAGAAUCAAAAAAAGAUUUAUUUGUGACCUAAAUUAAACUGGCCAUUCACAAAUCUGUGCGUUCUUUGAUUUUCAACUACAUGAGAAAGCUCUGUGAGUUUAAUAAACAAAACGGAUAUCUAAUCUGGGGUUUCUAGCAGCUGAUGCAUACCUCACAGUCAGGGGGCACCAGCUGAGAGUUUCCCUCAGAAAACCAACCCACCCCGGCCUGUGGGACCCACCGCUCUGCUUUCACGGGUCAGAAACAGAAACAGGCAAGACGCUGCUGCAACCUGCUCACGUAUAACUCUAUGUUAACCUCCAGACGUCAGUGAAAGGAGGUUGUGUUUGUACAGCUAUGCUCUACUCUGAGAAAUAAAGAAUAUUUGUCAUGAUGCUGUUUUAUGUCUGCGCCAAGAGUCUGAUUCCAGGUGUUCGAAAGGCGAUGGAAGAGUUUAUUUGUGUAGCACAAUUCAUAUGCAAUGUUAUGAAAGGCAAAGGUAAAGAAAAUGCAAAUACAUUAAAGGAUUAAAAAAUUUUAAAA